UUUCUUCAUUCAUUGCUCGGAGCUCACGACAGGUGAACCGUAAAACGCUCUCUGUGAAAAACUUUAGAUCGCUUCGAUUAUCGAUCAUCGGGAUUAGCUAAAAUUUUUUUUUCAUAUUUUUCCUUUGUGAAUUUUGUGUUCGGGAUACGUUUUGCAAAAUGCAGCUCAACGAUCAUUGGCGAAAGAUUGUGAAGACCUUGAUCUUUGCGGUUCUAUGCACUGAAAUGCAAACGACCUAUACCCAUCGUGAUUUGGCGGCAAAACGUGGCAUUGGCCUGGCCGAAAUGGAUGCCAUUGCAGCGGCGACUGGAGAGGAUCGAUUCCGGCCGAAAAUGUUGGCCCCGCACCAGGCAUCCAUACGAUUGUUGUCCCAGGAGCGUGAUUACUUUGGCAAGGGGCACAUCUGCUCGGGCGCCUUGGUGGCGCCCUCUGUUGUGCUGACCGUCGGUAGCUGCAUCUUCAGUCAGGUGAAAAGGAAACACUACCAUCCAUCAGAACUGCGCGUUAUGCUCGGCAACCCCCAGAGAUUUGCUCCCCAUGAGCAGGGCCUGUUCUUUGGUGUGACCCACAUCCAUCAUCCUCCCAAGGACUUGGCUCUGGCCAUUUUGAUGCUGGAAAAGGAUGUGCCUCUGGAUAAUCCCCAUAUCCAACCAAUUGGUUUGCCUUCUCCUGGAACCACUUCCGUUUUGGAUUCGGAAUCCAGUAAUCUUCUGCAGAUCAGCACUUGGGGCUACGAUGCCGAUAUUCGCGAGCUGCACGAUCUGGUGACAUUAAAUGCCACCCACACAUCCUGUCACCAGCAGCAGAGCAAGUCCCCAAGGAUUUGUGUCCAGCCGGAGGCCACCAACUCCACUCCUGGCCAGCUUUACAUGGAUGCAGGUGCCACCCUAACGGAACGGGAUCGCCUGCUUGGUCUGAGGAGCAUCGAUGGGGGAUUCGAGGACGUAGCCACCCAUGUGGAGUGGAUCCUGGCCAAGAUUGGAGAUGGGGGCAAUCAGAACAGCUCCAUCUGGGGCAUCCUGGGAUUCCUAGUAUUCACCGGCUACGUAAUCACCAUAAGCAGCAAGAGCUUUUCGACCUAAGACGUCUUAAGAGGAUCCAUGGGGGAUUUACGAUGUGAUCAUUUGGGGGAAAUUAGCCAAGUAAGACUUCCUAGGCCCUUUAAAAAUGAUUAAGCCGAGGAGUGUGAUAAUCUCAAUCUGAUGCUUUUUUAAAACAGAUUUCAUGCUUGAUGACUUCAAGCGUGCUAUAAAAUCUGGUAGUACAUGUAUAAGAUACUUAAUAUACAAUAGAUUUUUCAUUCCAAAAGAAAUAAUACCAUUUCGAUUUAACAAAAAUAAACAAUUCAUUAGUAUACAUAGAAUAAACAAA